AUGCAUACAAGGAGUAACAAGAAAGCCGAUUUACGUAUACUAGGAAACAAGGAGUUAGCACAGCUUGAACGCGAAAACCGGAAAGCAAGAGCCCAAACCAACCCUAUGGCUGACGGAGAAGAAGCAGAGGUUCGUCCACCAAACCCUCUGUUGGGGCUCAUCCAACAACAGCAGAGGCAGGAACAGAAAGAGCUAGCUGCACCGAAUCCGCCAGCAAGACAAGCCACCUUGAGGGAUGAAGAUGCUCAGAACAGGCUGUUUGUUAAUCGAUCUGCGAUUCAACCACCCGCUCCUGCGAGGCAAGACUAUGAGAUUAAGCAUAGUCUAAUCAACUUGGUUCAGAAUCGUGUGUUCCACGGGUUGCCAUCAGAGAGUCCUCUGGAUCACAUUGAAGCCUUUGAAAGACUGACCAGUACGACGAGGUCCAAAGGUGUCCCCUACGACUACCUAAUGCUGACUCUGUUCCAGUUUUCUUUGGCGGAUAAGGCAUUGAGAUGGCUGAAUCUACUGUAUCCUGGAUUGCUCACCACUUGGGCACAAUGUAGAGCAGGUUUCUUGAACCACUUCUACACCAAGUCGCGCUCAACCAAACUGCGAAGCAAAAUCACCACAUUCUCUCAAGGAGGCAUGGAGACAUUUUGUGAAGCAUGGGAAAGGUUCAAGAAGUAUCUUAGAGAUUGUCCUCAUCACGGGUACACCCAAGAGAACCUGAUGAACGUCUUCUAUGGGGGCAUCGAACAGAAGUACCAGAUGGCGUUAGACACAGCCAGCAAAGGAGACUUCUCCACCAACACCGCAAACGAGGCCAAUGCACUGAUAGAAAAUCUAGUAGCAAGCAAUAGCAAUCACGGCACAGACUAUGAUUGGACAGUUCGAGUCAAUGCUGUCGAGACUGAUGCCAUUAAGGAUCUCACGGCCAAGGUGAAUCUCCUACUGAAAAAGGAUCAACAAAACGUUAACUUAUGCGAAGAACAUGCUGGAGGAUAUGCAAAUUUCAGAGUUGAGACUUAUCUUGAGGGUACGGAGGAGAUGAACUACAUAGGAGGACAAGGAAAUUAUCAGAAUCGAGGCUUUAACCAGAAUUUCAGGAAUCAUCCUAAUCUAUCCUGUAGGAGCAACAAUGUCGAGAAUCCCCAGGAUCAGGUCUAUCCUCCGCGACCUCAGGAGAGCAACUACGCACAAGGCUUCCAGAACAAGGGAACAAGCUUUGGAGGAUCGAAUUUUCAGUAG